AUGUCAACACUUCGAGUCAGCGUGAUUCAAGGAGCGGAAUUGCAAAGCAAGGAUUUUAACGGAACAUCAGAUCCCUAUGUCGUUGUAGCCAUUAACCCAAGCGAUUCAUUGAUCAAACUUCCCAAUCUAUUUUCCAAAGUCUCGGAACAAAAAACAAGAGUCAUUUACAAAAAUUUAGAACCCGAAUGGAAUGAAGAAUUUGUUUUUGAAAAUGUCAAUCCAAAAGACGUCAUUCGUUUCAGCGUUUUUGAUAAAAACAAACUCAUGAUGGACGUUGCCAUGGGACGAGUUGAAAAAACACUUCAAGACUUGUUGAACAUGAAAAAGAAUCAAGAUCCAUUUUGGGUGGAUUUGGAACAAACCAAAAUGGGAAAGAUUAAAAUUAACGUGACAUUACAAGGAAAUGGUAAAAACUCUGUUUCAUCCUCUCCUUCGACACCAGUCCCAUCUUCUCCUUCUGGAAAUGGUCAAUCUCCUACUUUGAAAUCCAACAACAAAUCGACGAGUUCAACAACGGAAGAGACCAUUGACGAGCAUAUUGACAAGUUCAAAAACCAAGUAGCUGAUAUUGAAAGAAGAAUUCUUGGUGAGCUCAAUGAUAAUAUUAACACAUUUGAAGAAAUUUCUCAAAAAUAUGCAUCAGAACCAAAUAUCAAACAAUUAGAAGGAAUUGCCAAACAAGUAAGAGAUCAAAUUACUCUAACGAACAACAUUACACAAAAAAUUCAACAAUCCAUUCAAGAAAUGACUCUCGAAACAGAAGGUAUCAAACAAACCAUGGGCGAUAACGCUGUCACUCGAUUACGAGAACAACAACAAAAAAAACUUGUCUCUCUUUUCAUGCAACACGUCGAUCGAUUUUACGAUUCUCAAGAAAAAUGUAAACGUGACAAGGUCGAUCGUGUGAAACGACAAUACAGAAUUAUUGCCAAAUGCAGUCCAAAAGGAACUGUUCAAGAAUUUACUGAAAAGGAAAUUGAACAAAUGGCUCUCGAAGAUAAGCUCCAAUUUCAAGAUUUAAUUUCCAAUCAUUUUCAUUUGACACAAAGUCAAGAACAAACGUUGGACGUUGAGUUAAAAUUAGCUCAAGAAACUCAUGAAGAUAUCAAACAAUUGUAUUAUUCCAUGUUACAAUUGAAUCAAUUAUUUCAAGAUUUUGCACUAUUGGUUGAAGAACAAGAUGAAUUAUUGGAUGCUAUUGAAUUUAAUGUUGCCAAGGCAAAAGAGAGUGUCAUUGAAGGUGUGAAAAAUAUUAAGGAUAGUAACAAGAUGAGACAAUACAUGUCACCUUUGGGUUUGAUGAGAAAAGUUACUGGAAUUUAA